GGGUCCCCCACUGGCUGCUCUGAAAAGCCAUCUUUGCAUUGUUCCUCGUCCGACUCCUUGCUCGCCGCAGCCGCCUCCGCCGCGCGUCUCCUUCGCCGUCGCAGACUCCGGCAGCUUUAUCGCCAGAGUCCUUGAAAUCUCGCUUUCUUUUUAAUCCCCCGCAUCGGAUCACCGGCGUGCCCCACCAUGUCAGACACAGCGGUAGACACCAGCUCCGAAAUCACCACCAAGGACUUGAAGGAGAAGAAGGAAGUUGUGGAAGAGGCGGAAAAUGGAAGAGACGCCCCUGCUAAUGGGAAUGCGAAUGAGGAAAAUGGGGAGCAGGAGGCUGACAACGAGGUAGAUGAACAAGAGGAAGAAGGUGGGGAGGAAGAGGAGGAGGAAGAAGAAGGUGAUGGUGAGGAGGAGGAUGGAGAUGAAGAUGAGGAAGCUGAGUCUGCUACGGGCAAGCGGGCAGCUGAAGAUGAUGAGGAUGAUGAUGUCGAUACCAAGAAGCAGAAGACCGACGAGGAUGAUUAGACAGCAAAAAAGGAAAACUUAAACUAAAAAACAAAAAAAAAGGCCGCCGUGACCUAUUCACCCUCCACUUCCCGUCUCAGAAUCUAAACGUGGUCACCUUCGAGUAGAGAGGCCGGCCCGCCCGCCCAAUGCGGGCAGUGCCACCUGCAGACGAACGACGCGCUCUCCACUACCCAACCCAAACCAUGAGAAUUUGCAACAGGGGAGGAAAAAAGAACCAAAACUUCCAAGGCCCUGCUUUUUUUCUUAAAAGUACUUUAAAAAGGAAAUUUGUUUGUAUUUUUUAUUUACAUUUUAUAUUUUUGUACAUAUUGUUAGGGUCAGCCAUUUUUAAUGAUCUCGGAUGACCAAACCAGCCUUCGGAGCGUUCUCUGUCCUACUUCCGACUUUACUUGUGGUGUGACCAUGUUCAUUAUAAUCUCAAAGGAGAAAAAAAAACCUUGUAAAAAAAGCGAAAACGACAACAGAAAAACAAUCGUAUUCCGAGCAUUCCAGUACCUUUGUUGUGUAUGUACUUAGCUGUACUAUAAGUAGUUGGUUUGUAUGAGAUGGUUAAAAGGCCAAAGAUUAAAAGGUUUCCUUUUUUUCCUUUUUUGUCUAUGAAGUUGCUGUUUAUUUUUUUUGGCCUGUUUGAUGUAUGUGUGAAACAAUGUUGUCCAACAAUAAACAGGAAUUUUAUUUUGCUGAGUUGUUCUAA